AUGACUGUAAUUUGUCUGCACUAUGGAUCAAUGUUCGAAGUUGAAGAGUGCCGGGAAGCCAGAAUGAUUCCUCUAAAGCUCCAUAACUAUGGGGAGUUUACGGUGGUCAUUUUUCAUUUGCUUGUUAAUCUAGACCGCCUGCUCCUCGCCUUCCGUCCAUUCCGAUCACAAAGCCGGGGCACCAAAGUUUACUUCUAUACAUCUAUUUUUCUUUCAUUUAUUCUGAGCGCAGUCUAUGUGGAAUGGGCUCAUCAUGAGGACUUUCGAAAGUCCAUCGCGUUCGCGUCGAUAUGUCUGGUUAAUGUGAUGAACUUGUGGAUAGAAUUAAAACUCUACCACUACACCAGUGUUGUCUUCACCAACACUGUCGGUGUAGUCCCCUUGGAGCGCCGCUUCGAGCUAUCCACAUCUGUCUCCAUGAUCCGUUGUUUCUUACCCGCUUCUAUAUGCGGCUUAACGCUAAAAUUCACAGUUAUGGUAUUCUUUACCGUUGUCGCAAUACUGAAAGACCCAGCUGACCUACCGCCGUUUUAUUUUGUGAUGAAUGUGAAAAUGAUUAACGGCAACAGAAGGAAAAGAUGGACGUUCGGGCCUCCGCCAGCUGCAUAA